AUGAUACAAGUUCGUUAUGAAUAUUAUCGUGAUAAUGAUAAAAAAGAAAAUGGUAAUAUUAAUGAAUUUAGAUUGGAUCAAAUUACUUCUGAUAAUGUAAUAUGUUGGUAUACACGACCGUGUUUUUGCUAUCGUUUGAUAAAUAAAACUCUCUUUACACAAGUUCCUGAUUGUUUGUUUACAUUUCGAUAUAUUAUCACCAAUAUUCAUAAACAAUUAGACAUUUUAUAUAAGCAGAAUCGUAAUGACACAUUAACACCAAACACCAAUAGUUUUAUAUCGAAAGCUGAACAAGUAGCAAAUAUUUACUGUAGUCGUGAUCAGCAAAACAGAUAUGAACCCUCUUUUUUUAAAUUAAAUAUUGGUAUUGAUAGUCAAGUACCUUAUGCUUCGAUCCAAGAGCACAGUGUAAUUCCAGAUGAAGAUGAAGUCUUAUUUUCUGUUGAUACAGUAUGGCGAAUAAAAUCUGUGAAUCAAGGUGAAGAUAAAGUAUGGAAUAUUGUAUUAGAUUUAGUGGCAGAUCAAUGUUGUAUUGAGCUGGCAAAUUAUCUAAAAGAACAGUUGGGUGAAGAGACAACAUUGUUAACAUUCGGUAAUCUCUUAAGUGAAUUAGGUGAAUAUGAAAAAGCUAUUCGUUAUUAUAAGAUUCUCUUGAAGAAGCUAUCUGCUGAUGAUAAUGAACGUAGUACAAUUUAUAAUAAACUUAGUUAUUUACGGUAUGAACAGGGUGAAUAUUCAUUGGCUGAAGAGUAUUAUCGGUUAGCGAUAAGUUAUUUGAAAGAUAAAGAAGAUGAGCACAUAAAAAUUAACGAUAAUCCAUUCGACUUGAUUGAUGUACAGGGUUGCGAGAAAUGUUUUGCCCGGGGGGUACAGCUCCAAUGA